CGCACAGGUGAUCAUUUAAACUCCAGCGGUUCGGUGAAGUGGGUCUCCAUCAUGUCCGCCAGACAAAGACGCGAGGAUGUGUCACGGACGUGUGUCGCGCCCCUCCCCCUGCUGGUACUAUCCCCAGCGUUUGAGCCCACCGAAGCUCCACUGUGA